UGGCUGCUGUGUCCAUUUCAACCGUGAGUUCUACUUGGACCGGGUCCGCGGAAGACGCCUUCUCUGACAAUGUAAAUAGUGGAUAAAUAACUACAACUUUGUUGUUAGUAUCAAGUAAGUCAAUCCAACCCUGUGCCUGCUGCGAGCAUUGCUGAUAGGCCUCAGAUCACAAAGCUUGUCCUUGACUGCGUCCCUCAAGGCUGCGCAGGUAGCUGCCAACCUACAACUCGUCGAGUCGACCUGCAGGACUAUUGUGACUCGGAUAGAGAUACAAAAGUCACUAACGAAUUUCUACCGGAAUGACAACAGCGCAUCGAACUGGCGGCUGGCAGAAGAAGAUCUCCAGGCGGCUCUUGCUAGUACCGGUUACUCGCAGCUGAUCCAGGUCAAGAUAUUUUCAAAAGACGGGACUGGAGACUCAAAGGGGUUGCUAAACGUCACAGCAGUUGGCGCCGCGGAUAUCCAACUUCCGAUGAAAUAUCCAAAUGGCACGAACAUCAAACUUGGCGACCAGUCACCGGAUGGGCCCACUGGAUUCCCUGUUUCGCUUUAUCCAAAUCUCACAUACUCUACCACGACUAUAGACGGCGUGGUGUCCAAUACCGUCAAAGCGUUUCAAAUAUACAAAUUCAAUGCUUCAACUGCUAUGCUACUGGGACCAUUCCAGGUCAACGAAACACUUUCCUUGGUGUCUAUGACGCUGCCAAUUUUCAACAGCACGUCAAGAGUAGAUAUUCUAGGUUACAUGACUGUGGUCGCCGAAUCUACUCGGAUAUUCAGUGUUCAAAAUUCGAGGGAAGGCCUGGAUAGCACCGGCAUGGUUUUGCUUUUGGGGCCAGACACUGAAAUAAACAAAUUCCCUCAAGCGAAAACGCCGGUCAACGAAGGCCAUACUCCAAAUAGCACCGAUCUUGGCGAGCAGGAUAUGAACUUUAUAUUCCCGCCAAUUCCAAACCAGAAUCAGACCGAUCGACAUACUAUGCAUAGCUCCUCUACGAACUACAGCUCCAGUUUCAAGUUAUAUAAGUACCCAGUAGCGCUUGAAGUGUUUAGCAGAAACAACUCCCAAAUCAACAAUGCUGGCAGCAACUUGAAGACUAUAAAUGAGCAAGGAGUCGAGGUUGCUGUUGGAUACGCGCGUCCUAGAAGUAACAUAGUGGACUGGGUACUGAUUGUGGAGGAGACCAGGGCUGAGGCAUUUGCACCAGUCGAGAAAUUACGCAAAAUUCUCCUUGGUUGUAUCUUUGGAACUAUUGCACUCAUUUUGGUUGUUGUCGUUCCAACAGCUCAUUACAGCGUUUUGCCGAUUACGAGGUUGAAAGAGGCCACCGAAAAGUCGGUUCAGCCGCCUGGGUAUACACCACGGAAUAGCAUGGGGUCAGAGAUAUCCAUCGAUGGCGAAGAUCGCCUGGGCGACGAAGAAACAGCAAAUACUUCGUCGAGCAAGACGUCGAAGCGUGGCAAGGGAUUUGUAAUACGCAUGAGACGCUUUGUGCAAGGCAAACACCGAAAAUCAAAGGAGGAACAGACGGAAGAAGAACGUCGCCGAGUGUUUAAAGUCCCUGGAAAGGUGCUUGACCCCAGGCAUUUCAUUACUGACGAGUUGACGGAGCUCACCCGCACCUUCAACGAGAUGUCUGAUGAACUGAUGACGCAGUAUACGAAGCUUGAGGAAAGAGUCGCCGAACGAACUAGAGAAUUGGAGAUCAGUAAAAAGGCAGCGGAAGCAGCGAAUGAAAGCAAGACGCUCUUUAUUGCGAACAUAUCACACGAACUGAAAACGCCGCUUAAUGGAAUUCUUGGUAUGUGCGCCGUCUGUAUGGGAGAAGACGACCUACCUAGCAUCAAGCGAUCUCUUCAGGUCGUGUACAAGUCGGGGGAUCUUUUGCUACAUCUGCUUAACGAUCUAUUAACAUUCAGCAAAAACCAAAUCGGCCAGUCGAUCACUAUUGAAGAGAAAGAGUUUGUCCUUUCCGAUAUCAAAUCUCAGGUCGUGACCAUUUUCGACAAGCAAGUCAAGGAGGCAAAUAUCAAAUUUGCUGUCCACUUUAUUGGUGCGGAAAAUGGUGAUCUUGAUUCCACAAAAGCCCUGACACGGCCGAAGAAGGCUCUCCCUGCCGUGGGUCCAAACGGGACCGGCAGGUUGAAGGACAUGAGGUUAUGGGGGGAUCAGCACCGAAUACUCCAAGUGCUCAUCAAUCUGGUUAGCAACAGCUUAAAGUUCACUCCUGCAGGAGGUAGGGUCAUAGUGAGGAUCAAAUGUAUAGGCGAGAAGGAUGCAGAAGGCAAUGUCAGCAGAAAAGACUCACUGUCAUCGAAACAAGGAUCGUUGCAACGCUCAUCAAGGCAACGGCAUCGCGUUGGUUCUGGCUCCGGAUCAAACGCAUCCACCACCUCGAGACUACCGUCUAGCCCGAGCAAACCUCUUGGCACUGCUCUACUCAUCAACCCUAUGGAUCCAAAGGCGGCUUUAAGCCACAUUCAUGUUCGCGAACGGUCACCGACUCCCCCACCAUCAAACUCGAAAACGCUCAUCUUUGAGUUCGAGGUUGAAGAUACCGGUCCAGGUAUCCCUGCUAGUAUCCAGGACCGCGUCUUUGAGCCGUUCGUUCAAGGCGACUUGGGUCUCAGCAGAAAGUAUGGCGGCACUGGAUUGGGGCUUAGUAUUUGCCACCAGCUCGCUGGACUGAUGGGCGGCACUAUCACCCUGGAAAACACGGGCGAAGGCCAAGGCACUACAUUCAAUAUGCAAAUUCCUCUAAAGUUUGUUGGAGAGCGGACAUCCAGCACAGCAAGUUCAACUGCUGGGGGGUCUCGAACACCCAGUGUUACUUCACGAGAGGAUUCCAGAAUGGCAAGGUUGUCGCUUGAGAUGCAGGCACAAAGUGCCGCGAACAACAGCAGCAGUCAGGUUGCAGUGGUUGAGAAAGAUAUUCAGCCUAGACUUGUUGGGCUGAGUCAGCCAUUCUUUGCGUCGGCAGCUUCUGGGGACGGAGCCACAGAUGAUCAGCUUGCGAUCCUCAACCGUGUCGCAACCAAGCCUGGAUCAGGCAAAAUUCGAGUACUAGUUGCAGAGGAUAACCUAGUGAAUCAAGAAGUCGUCCUUCGGAUGCUAAAACUCGAGGAUAUUUAUGAUGUGACUGUAGCAAAGGAUGGCCAGGAAGCAUAUGAGAAGGUGAAAGCUAGCAUGGAGGAAGGGCUUCAGUUCAAUCUCAUCUUUAUGGAUAUCCAGAUGCCGAACCUCGACGGUUUACAGAGUACUCGACUGAUACGUCAAAUGGGUUAUUCCGCACCAAUUGUCGCAUUGACGGCAUUUUCAGAGGAAAGCAACGUCCAAGAGUGCAUGGACUCGGGAAUGGAUAUGUUCCUCAGCAAGCCCAUUCGACGCCCUGCGCUCAAGCAAGUUCUCAAGAAAUUCGGGACUAUCCUUGAAGAACCAGAACCGAGCCUGUCGCCACAGAACAGCCCAACCACCGAUGGUCCGACUACUAAUGGCGUUACUCAUGGCAUAGCUGAAAACCCCGACUUACCUUCGUCGAAUACCGCCCCUAUCAGCAAUGUUCCCCUUUCAAAUUCAAAACUAUAUCACAAGUCUUCUGAUAGUCGACCCGUGUCGCGGGAGUCUCGUGCGGGCCGGCACCUAUCGCCUCUUCGACCUAUGGAACCCAUCACGAACGGGCCGUAGGAGAGCCUACUUUUUUUUUAAUCCUCGAAAUCACUACAAAUCCCUUAGGGUCGUCUCAUUUACACAUAUUAGCGCGCUUAGCGACGAUUUUCUUUUGUCAUUCGUCCACGGCGCAGAAAACACUCAGGGUACUGGUUACGGAGGGCUGGUCAAGUUAUGUUUGCGCAACCGGUGUUUAGGGGCAUGGUGGAAAGGCUGUCAUGCUUAUAUAACAGCACAUAGCAACCAGGAAAGGUUGGGAAAGGCAACAUUGCUGCCAUGUAUGCGGCGUCAUACUUACUCCGCGGAUAAUAACGGUCUGGAGUUGGUUGCAUAUGGGUGUAUUGUGUAUUUAUUUAAUAAGGAAAUCUCGGCGGAGGAACGGGAUGGCAGUUCGACAUGUAGAUAGUUGGACCUGCACAUAAUUGCGGUUCGAAUAUGACCGAGGACAGAGAUGCAUAUAGGAAGGAAGAGAAUUAUAUAUGCUGAAUAAUAGCGGCAUUUGAUACCCACGCUG